GCGGCGGCGGCGGCGGCGGCGGCGGCAGGAGCAGCAGCAGCAGGAGCAGCAGCCGCCGCCGCAGGAGGAGGAGGAGGAAGGAGAGGGGAGGAGGGAGGAGACGGACGGCCCGCCCGGAGGCCAGGCCCCGAAGUUUCCCCGGCGCGGGGAGGAGGAGGCGCUGGGAGGAAGGCGGAGAGGCCUGCGUGCGCCAGAAGGGAGCAGCCCAAACCUCCGGAGCAGCACGAGUGGGGGCUGAGCCCCGAAGUGUCCCCGGCGUGGAGAGGAGGAGGAGCUGGGAGGAAGGUGCGGGCCGCGGCUCGGCCCUUGGGACUGCCCGCUGGGGAGGUGCCCCCGCAGCCGCCCCUGCCGCUUCUGCCGCUGGCGCGAUGUCCCGGGGCCGGCCUGCCCUGGCCGCCGUCGCGGGGCCGCUGGGCCGGGGGGCGGGCGGCACGCACUGCUAGCCCCGGCCCCGCCGCUCGGGAACGUGGUGCCGCCGCCGCCGCUGCUCGCCACCCCCCACCCUUUCCUCUGGGAGACCUUGCCGGCUAGGGAACCGGCCCGACCAGUUCUGCCUUCAGCCGGGACCCGCGGAAAGUUGUUGCCAAACUUUGCCUGUCUCCGGGCCCGUCGCGGGGCCCCCAGCACCCCGGCUGGCCCCGCCCCGCCCCGCUCCGCGCCCCGGGGGCGGCGGCUGUUUCGGGGGCGCAGCCUGAUGCUCUUAGGGGGCGCCCCCCAGCGCCGGGCCAGCGCCGUUUGCUAGCUCCCCGCCUCCCCUUUCCCCGCACCCCCGAGCCCGGGACCCCCACCUCUCCCCUCCCCGGAGGGGAGAAUGGCUAUGGUGACCGGCGGCUGGGGCGGCCCCAACGGGGACACGAACGGAGUGGAGAAGGGCGGCUACCCCCGCACAUCGGAAGAGGACUCGGCCUCGCCCCAGGGCGGCGGCAGCGACCCGGAGCCGGGAGACGAAGACAAGCCCGGGCUCCAGGUGGACUGCGUGGUCUGCGGGGACAAGUCCAGCGGCAAACAUUACGGUGUCUUCACCUGCGAGGGCUGUAAGAGUUUCUUCAAGCGGAGCAUCCGCCGGAACCUCAGUUACACCUGCAGGUCCAACCGAGACUGCCAGAUUGAUCAACACCAUCGGAACCAGUGUCAGUACUGUCGUUUAAAAAAGUGCUUCCGGGUCGGCAUGAGAAAGGAAGCGGUACAGCGGGGCCGGAUCCCCCACACGCACUCGGGGGGCAGCCCCACAGCCCUGGCUGGAGGUGGGGGUGGGGAGUACUACAACGGGCAGCCGGUCUCGGAGCUAAUCUCGCAGCUGCUUCGGGCAGAGCCAUACCCAGCAGCCCGCUAUGGCUCCCAGUACGCCCAGCAGCAGGGCAGCGUCAUGGGCAUCGACAACAUCUGUGAGCUGGCCGCCCGCCUCCUCUUCAGUACUGUGGAGUGGGCCCGAAACAUCCCGUUCUUUCCCGAGCUGCCCGUGGCGGACCAGGUGGCCCUGCUGAGGCUCAGCUGGAGUGAGCUCUUCGUCCUCAAUGCCGCCCAGUCUGCCCUGCCUCUGCACAUGGCCCCGCUGCUCGCUGCAGCCGGCUUCCACGCGGCACCCAUGGCUGCUGACCGUGUGGUCUCCUUCAUGGACCAGAUCCGGGUCUUUCAGGAGCAGGUGGACAAGCUCAACCGGCUGCAGGUGGACUCUGCAGAGUACAGUUGUCUCAAGGCCAUCGCCCUCUUCACACCAGAUGCCUGUGGCCUCUCGGACCCAGCUCACGUGGAGAGCCUGCAGGAGAAGGCACAGGUGGCCCUGACGGAAUACGUGCGUGCUCAGUACCCCUCUCAGCCUCAGCGAUUUGGCCGCCUGCUCCUCCGGCUGCCUGCCCUGAGGGCCGUGCCCGCUGCCCUCAUCUCCCAGCUCUUCUUCAUGCGCCUCGUGGGCAAGACGCCUAUUGAGACACUCAUCCGGGACAUGCUGCUGUCUGGCAGCACCUUCAACUGGCCCUAUGCCGCUGGGCAGUAGGGGCCUGGCCUGGCCGGGCCCUGCUUCGCCUCUGCUGCCCUGUCUGACCCAGGCCAAGGCCAUACCUCAGGCUCCUCAGCUGUCAGAUGGGGAACACGGCCCCUGCCCUUCGCAUGUUGGGACCAGCGCAGAAGGCCACGCGCCCUCCUCGACCCUGGGGACUGGAUCGACACUUAAGACUGGUUAUUUUUUAGAAGGCAAAUGAGAUCACUUUGUCUUUUUGUUUUUUUUUUUUUAAAUGACAACGUAAAACCAAAAAGACCCUCCCUCCUUCCCUCGGCCUGGGACCCAGGUGGCACAGAUGUCUCUCCUUCACCCUUCAGUGCCCUCCGUCCAUCUGUGCUCAGGAACCAGCUAGCCUUUGAAGCCUCCUAGGUGGGAGGGAAGCCUGCAAGGUGUGGGGAUACCCCAGCUCACCUCCUCCCAACCCUUCCUUGCCUCCCCAGAUGCAUGUCCUGGGCCAUAUCCCAGAGCUACCAAGGGUGGAAAAAAUAUAGCUGGCACAGGGAGGCCAGGUUCUCCUGGCAGACCCCAGGGGCUGAGGCCAGGUUGGCAACGGGGGGCAGGGGUGCCUCAGCCUCCUCGUUCCUUCUGCUUGCCAGGUGGGGUGCAGCGAGGAGAGAGAAGGGAAGGUGGCCUCUGGCCCGGGGCAGGGGCCGGGGAGACGUGAGUAUGUAUAAUUUAGAUUGAUUCUCUAAAAAUAUAAUCCACGCUGGACACUACAAAAUGAAUGACCUAAAGCCAAUAAAGAUGUUUCUUACCACA